AUGAGAGUCAGUAUUUUAAAAUAUGUUCUUUUUUCAAUUAUUAUUUGUUCUUUUGAAUAUUCCAAAAAUGAACUAUACUUUGUAAACGAUAGAGGGAUAUACCUUGAAGGGAAUGUAAUAAAUUUUAGAAAUAAUAGGAUAUUAUCAUAUAUAGAUAACGAAUUUGAUUUAAAUGAAUUUUGUCAAUCAACUUUGAGUCUUGCAGAUCAAUUUAAUGAUUGUAAUGAUAGUAACAAAGAAAUAGCAUACCUUCGAAAUAUUAUAGAUUCACAUAUAAAGAAGCAUAAAGGGAGUAAUACAUCACUUGAUUUAAAAAAUGUAGAUAGUAAGACAAAAAAAAUAAUUAAUGGACUUCGAAAAGAAUUAGAAGAAUUAAAAAAACAGAUUUCUGAUAAAACGAAUGGUGAAUUAGCAAUACAGCCGAUAAAUGAUAAAAUAAUAAUAAAAAAAGAUGGAAAUAGUUCUGUAUCAGAACAUGAAGACUUUAAAAAAUUUGAAAUUAAUGAAAAUAAUAAAAUUACAUCAAAUAAUCAUCAUAUAAAGUUAGUAUUUAAUAAAAAAAUUAGAAAAGAAGUAAUCAAAGCCACCCUGUCGUAUUUUACAUUUUUAACAAUUGCUAUUUCGAUACCAAUAACAGGAUUGUUUAGCUUAACGAUACUACUUAUACCGUCUGGACUUUCCAUAUUUUUUUUCAUUUGUAGACUUAUUAAAUGUAUCUUUAAAUUAGAAAAAAUAUCAAAAUAA